UCGACAGUGGCAUCUAGCCAGCCGACACCAUGAGAUUCGUUCCUGCUGCUGCAGUGGCACUGCCAGUGUUGGCGGCGCAUGCUGCGCCCCUUGCUGAGCCCACUUGCAGCAACACUGAUGUUGUUAUCUUGGGAGCAGGAGUUGCCGGUCUUACCGCUGCACAAACCCUCUUAGACAAAGGUGUUGAGAAUUUUGUUGUGCUCGAAGCUCGAAAUGAAUCUGGUGGCCGGCUUUACAGUCGCAAUUUUGCCGGGCAUAAGAUUGAGGUCGGCGCCAACUGGGUUCACGGACCGGGGGGGCCGGAAACCGGAAACAUCAAUCCCAUGUGGACUAUGGUUAAAAGGGCGGGAUUGAAUAAAGUGAAGACCAACGAGGAGGACAGGGCCGUGUAUCCUAAACAAAGCGAAACAGCUGUCUUAGCCGCCCUGAAGAGCGCCAAGGUCGCCACUGAUGAGGUGUUGGUUGACGCCGUCGAUAUCCUGAAAAACAAUCGCCAGGAUCGGACAUUCCGAGCCGGCCAGCGCCUUCAGCACUGGGAUCCGGCGAAGAAUGACCCAGCCGGACAACUGGCCGACUGGUGGGCCUGGGAUUGGGAAGCUGCAUCUCCGCCAGAGGAGAAUUCGGAAGGUGACUGGUUUAUCUGUGAUAACGCCGGAUUCGUAUCUGCUUUUCGGAAGAAUGUGAGCGCCGUCCUCAAUGGACCGGCAGAUCGUGUUCGCUUCAACAACAAAGUCACCAAGAUCAAGCACAAUUCGAACGGGGUCACCGUGACCAGUGAUAAGGGAUGCGUCAAUGCCAAAUAUGCUAUUGUCACCUUCUCUCUAGGAGUACUACAGAGAGGACACGUGGAAUAUGACCCGCCCCUGCCACCUUGGAAAGCUCAAGGCAUUGCCGGCUUUGAAAUAGGCACAUACACCAAGAUCUUCCUCAAGUUCAAGAGCAGUUUCUGGGACAAAAAGCAAUUCCUUAUGUGGGCAGAUCCCCAUGUUCGCGGCAAUUACCCCGUUUUCCAGCCGUUGGAUAUUCCCGGGUUGUAUGAGAACUCUAAUAUUCUUGUGGCCACGGUGACCGGAGAGCGUUCUUACCGCGUCGAGUCUCAGACAAACGAAGAGACGAAGCAGGAGCUCCUCGAGGUGCUUAAGCACAUGUAUGGUGAGAGGGUCUCAGAAUUGGAAGAGAUAUACUAUCCGAGAUGGAGCACGGAAGAUUGGUCCUACGGAUCGUACUCCUACUGGCCGCCAUCGACCAGUUUGCAAGAGCAUCAGAAUCUCCGCGCCAAUGUUGAUAGUGUCUUCUUUGCCGGUGAAGCCACCAGCCAGGAAUUCUUCGGCUACUUGCACGGGGCCUAUUACGAGGGCAAACACGUGGCCGAAUUCCUGGCACCCUGCCUCGAUAUAGACCCGGAAGUGCCAUGGUGUCAAGCCACAAACUAUCAGGCGCUGACGGGGGUUACUCCGUAUGACUUGUACAAUCCAACCAAUGGCUGGUAUAUUUACAAUGACAAAGUACCUGGCCAUGACUGAGCCUAUGCUCGCCUUGGAACUAGGUGAUAUUAUGUCUUCUGGAAUAUCCAGGGAUAAGAUGCUUUGGAUUGAUUGAGAUCAUCGAAAGAUAUGUUUGCGGGGUAGUAUUGAUUGACAAUGAC